UAUAGAUAUCUACAUUUCCAAAAGAAAAUGUAUUAUAUAUUUAUUUUUGUGUAAGGUAGAACAUAAAUGUGGUUUAACUUGUUAUUAGUCUAGAUGCCACAUGAUUAUGAAAUAAGAUCUUAAACAGUUAAACCCACAACACACUAGAGUUUAUAGGACGAUUUCAACGCAAGCCAAAUGGAUUUUAUUGGUUGAUUCUAACGUUCUGUUAUGAGGUUCUGACCAUUCCUAAGUCUCAAAUUGAGUGAUCCCUAAGAGAGAGAGAAAAAAGAAACAUUAAACAAAGAAAAGAAAAGGAUGGCAUCAAGAGAUCUGGAGCUCUUGAUUCCGGUGUCAAGCAUUUCAGAAAAUAGUUCCUCUAAAUCAUCUUCCCAUUCUUCAUCUCCUAAUGUCAUUUCACCCCCAAAUCAUUCUGGCCAUGGCCAUGAGGCGUUUUCCAAAGUGAUUCGCAGUUGGGCCUCCAAAAAAUUUAUGUCAGGAUGUGUCAUCCUUUUUCCCAUCGCAAUAACAUUUUAUGUUACAUGGGGGUUUAUCCGCUUCGUCGAUGGUUUCUUCUCCCCUAUAUACAAUCAUUUAGGAAUCAAUAUUUUUGGUCUUGGAUUUAUUACUUCCAUUACCUUCAUUUUCUUGGUUGGAAUUUUUAUGUCAUCGUGGUUAGGAACUUCAGUUCUCACUCUUGGUGAAUGGUUCAUAAAAAAAAUGCCUCUUGUCAGCUAUAUAUAUGCUGCCUCCAAGCAGAUAAGUGCAGCAAUAUCACCAGAUCAAAAUUCUAAUGCUUUUAAGGAAGUUGCCAUCAUAAGGCAUCCUCGUGUUGGUGAGUAUGCACUUGGGUUCAUCACUUCUUCAGUGAUACUAAGGAAUAGAGAUGAGGAAGAGCUUUUUUGCGUUUAUGUUCCCACAAAUCACUUGUACCUUGGAGACAUUUUUCUCAUUAAUCCAAAUGAUAUUUUAAGGCCUAAUUUGUCUGUUCGAGAAGGAAUAGAAAUUGUUAUAUCUGGUGGCAUGUCAGUACCUCAGAUAUUGACCACAGUGGAUGCUCAUGCUAAAUUUGCUCCAAGAAAGCCAACCUAUGCAUCAAAAGUAUAAUAGUGAUGGUAUAGUUUGUGAGAAAUGUGUAUGUUUAUUUGAACUUUAGUUCUCGUCCCCCUCGACCUUAGUAAAUAUAAUUUUCUAUUUGCCUUUU